AUGCUGGACCAUACUGGUCCGCUUCCCACGCUGCCUGUGGCCAAGCAAAUUGUUGGCCUUGAAUGCAAGACUUUCAUGUACUGGCCAGGCAGUGCAGCACGUCUUUAUUCGUACCUCGCACCUUCGAAUAAGGGGGGUUUCAGCGACUGGGAGGCGACCGUCGACAAGUAUUACAUGGAUGAAACUCUUCGUAUGGGGAGAGAUAGAGGUGAAAUAGCGGAGGCGGUCUGCACCGCAAAGAACGGAACGGAUAAGUUGAUUGGGAUGACCAUUUCCAUCCCCGGACUGAAGGAUAUGUACGACUACGAACGAGAAUUUGGCGAAGUACCCAUGCGUUCAGUCGUCUCUGGAGUACUACAAGAGACCACCAGCCUCGUAAAAUCCACAGACGCUAUAAUAUGCGCUUCGGCCGUUGCACUGGAAGGCGAAACGCUGACUGCAUGCAAGAAAUUUGCAGCCGUGUACCCUGUGGGCAUUCAGAUUCCACCACGCGGGUGGUUGAAGAAUACCGAGCAACCGGUCAUCCACGACGAGAAACUACGCAUGUUUCUUGAUGGCAAUGACAGUGGAAGCGUGAUUUUGAUAUCUUUUGGCUCCAUCGUAUUCCCCACCAACCUCAGCGCUUUGUGGAUCCUGACAUCCACCCUCGAGAAGAUUGGAUACCCGUUUGUCCUGGUUCUUGGUGGACUGCUUGUGAAUGCAAAGGGGUAUGCUACUGACCUCGCUCGUAUUCGCGCUGGCGGAAUCGGGUUUGUUUGCGAGACAUGGGUCGAUCAAUUGGCCGUGCUUCAACACCCUGCUGUUGGCUGGUUAGUUGCACAUGGAGGCUUCAAUUCGGCAGUCGAGAGUUUGGUUCAGGGCAUCCCACUAUUUGGAUGGCCAUUGGCCCCGGGCGAUAAUGCCAUUAACGUGGCUAUGCUUUCGACCAGGGAUAAGCCUGUGGCGUUCGAGUUCAUGCAGAUCAGGACGGGUAGCGCCAAAGAAAAGCCUAUGAGAGGAGGUCCUAGGAUAACUGGCACUGAUGAGAGUAUAAGGCGCGAGAUCGAGGACAUAGUUUCGCGGAUGAAGGGACCAGAGGGGUCAGUAUUAAAGGCAAAUGCUGAGCUGCUUGCUGCAGAGUUGAGGUUGGAGAGGUAUGGGGCUGCUAAAAAGGUAGUGAGUGAACUGGCCUUGGUCUAG